AUGGUCAGCUCGUCUGUUGGGAUCGUAUAUGCCACAGCACGUGACGGCAUUUCCAGAUUGGAUUCGUCCGAUAUCAACAAACCGGACAGAGGAAUCUACAACAUUCUCACCAGAGAUCCCCAAGAAAUGCCAAUACAAGCCAGCAAGUUUUCGAGUUUCCUGGUAUUUCUCAAUUGUUCAAGGCUGCAUACAGUCGCACAUCGAUCAUUGUUCACUACGACGGUCAAGAGGGAGCGCGAUCCGAACCCACGAUUAGCAGAAUGCGACCUCGAGACCCUCUACACCUACUCCGCGCAAUGCUGGCUCUGGAACGAAACCCAGCAGCUGCAGCGCAGAUAUCGUGCGUUUGACCUCCCUGCUCUGAUCUACGUCGCCGAGCAAGCCGCCGGCAACAAUGCCGUGUGCGCCUCCAUCUCCAAACUCCCCGAAGGGAACUUGGACAAAGCGUUGCUGGCGACCAUGCGGGAUGGCCGGGAGCUCGUGGAAGUAGCGACGAUGCGAUAUGCAAGAGAGAACCUCCACCUCCCCGUCCCGCAAGUCCUAGCGUAUUGCUCCCGGGCCGGCGACAGCCAGCUAGACGCGGAGUACAUCGUGAUGGAGAAAGCCCGCGGGAUCGAGCUGAGCCGUGUGUGGGAGACUCUCAAGCCGCGCGAGAAACUGUCCAUCGUCCAGCAACUCGGCUCAAUCACUUCUCGACUUUCUUCGGGGAGGUUUCCAGCCCACGGCUCGUUGUACCUGCGCGAGGACGUCGCCAAGUCCGAGGCUCUCGCCGGUGACGAUGUCUUCGCGAUCGGACCAACCACCAGCCGAGCAUGGUUUGACGACCAGCGAGCGGCGGUGGACAUCCAUAGAGGCCCCUGGCCGAGCACGAAGGACACCAUCCACGCCCUAAUCCAGCGCGAACAAGCCUACAUCCACCAACUCCCCAGCUUUCCUCGAGACCACCAACAGGGCAUCUUCAACGGACCCGGUGGAUAUUACCCCGCAAAGCAAACCAAGCUGUCGGUUUUGCAAGACUUCCUAAGUAUAUAUCACCACCUCCUUCCCAAAGAUGAAGCCCUCAACCAGGGCAUACUCUGGCACAACGACCUCAAUCUGGACAACAUCUUCGUGAACCGCGACCAUCCCACCGAGAUCACCGGCAUCAUCGACUGGCAAGCGGUCCCCAUCUCCCCGAUGUUCCUGAUCGCCCACCACCCGUCCCUCAUCGAGUAUGACGGGCCGAAGCCUGAGCGGUUUGUUCGGCCGAGACUUCCGGAGGAGAAGAAGGCGGCCGCGGAGAUGUUCCUCGCGCAGACGCUGUGGCUUUACUACGAGACGCAGUUGUACAAGGCAGCGCCGGACUUGUUGCAUGCAUUUAGAUACCGCGAGACUGUGCAGUCGGAUCUACUAGGUCUGGCGGGAUCGGUUUUUGAUGACGGGGAGCCGCAUGUUCGGAGGUUGGGUGCGAUUGUGGCGGGGGAUGGGGUCUGGAGGCAGCUGGUUGGGAUGGAUGAGUGCGGAGCUCCAGUGGUGGCGUGUCCCUUGAAGUACACCGAGCGGGACUUGGUGAGGCAAGCUGAAGAGUACGCCAGAUGGGAGGGAGUUGUUGAGAGGAAAGCCCGGGUGAUCGAGGAAUUGGGGGUGUAUCCGGGGUGGAAUAGCGCUGUUCCGCCUGGUGACUAUGAUGAGAUGGCCAGGAGAUUGGAAGUGGCUAAGAAGAGGUUCUUGGAUCGGUAA